UCCUAAUGUUUUAGAGCGCGUGGUGUGGUGAAAAAGUAGUGCGCUGAGUGCGGAUGGACUUGUCAGUGUAGUUAUGGAGCCCCCUUUAAGCAAGAGGAACCCGGCGAUAAGAUUAGCGGAUUUGGCAGCGACUCAACCCCUUCCUCAUCAGAAUAUGACAGGCUUCCCGGGGCUAGGGGGGCAUCACCCUCUCUCCCACCAUGCCCACCUCCACCCUGGGGAGCUGGGCAACGACCCCGGAGUGGCACUCACUCCAUUUGGACCCGAGCACAUGGCACAGACAAAUGCUCUCAAACUUAGCCCAUCUCAGCACAUUCAGAGCCAUCCCGAAGCCCAGACCGCGGCAUCUUUCACUUCUGCUCAGACCACAGUUGGUUUCCCCGUGGCUCACCCCCACUCAGGCUACUCAAGCAGCAGGGACUUCAUCCUCAGGAGAGAACUCUCAGCCUCUGCUAUGCAUGCACUUGGCGACCAGCAUAGUUCCGCCUCCUCCCCUCAUCACCAUGGCAUGUUCAUCUCCCCAACAGGUGCUUAUGGGCACGCGGAAAGUGGGGCCCAUUCACUUUUCACUGGACUUCACGACCAGGCGUCCCCAGGUGCCCACCACCACCAUGCCCUCAACGGGCAGAUGCGCCUGGGUAUACCGGGGGACAUCUACGGCAGGCCGGAGCACUUCGGGCACAGGCCGGAGCACUAUGGACCCUCUUCUCUCCACAGCUACAACUCCAUGAACCUCAAUGUGAACAUCGCUUCUGCUCCUCACGGAGCGGCGGGGGCGUUUUUGAGAUACAUGCGGCAGCCCAUAAAGCAAGAGCUAAUCUGCAAAUGGAUCGACCAGGAGCAGAGUCAGAAGAAGCCCUGCUCGAAAACUUACAGCACCAUGCACGAGCUGGUCAACCACGUCACGGUGGAGCACGUCGGAGGACCGGAGCAGAGCAUCCAUGUCUGUUUUUGGGAGGAAUGUCCGCGAGAAGGGAAGGCUUUUAAAGCCAAGUAUAAACUCAUCAACCACAUCCGAGUUCACACGGGAGAAAAGCCCUUCCCGUGUCCUUUCCCGGGCUGUGGAAAAGUGUUCGCUCGCUCGGAGAAUUUAAAGAUUCACAAGAGGACGCACACAGGGGAGAAGCCUUUCAAGUGCGAGUUCGACGGCUGCGACAGAAAGUUCGCCAACAGCAGCGACCGAAAGAAGCACUCCCACGUCCACACCAGCGACAAGCCUUACUACUGCAAAGUUCGCGGCUGCGACAAGUCCUACACGCACCCGAGCUCCCUGCGCAAACACAUGAAGGUGCACUGCAAGUCUCCGCCGCCCCCUUCCACCAACGUCACCUACAUCUCCUCCACGAACCCCCUCGGAGACCCCCUUUCGCCCAACCCGGAGCCUCAGCACAGGAACCGCUCCUCUAACCUCUCCCCCCAGGUCACCAACCUGAACGAGUGGUACGUGUGCCAGGGCAGCGGGGGUCCGAACCACCUCCACACCCCCUCCAGCGAUGUGCCAACGUCAGAGUCAGACGACGAGGACUCUUUCAGGAACUCAGACCCGAGGACGAUGCUCUGAUGUCACUGUUUACAAGAACCAGACUGUCAGACUUUGUAGCUGGCCCGGUCACGUGUGCAGAUCCAUGUUGGCCCGCGCGCGCCCGGGGUAUUGAUCGGUUAUUUUCACUGUAGUAGUCCUAAACGGCUGUGCUAAACGCAGAUCAUUCACUAAUAUUGUGGGUGCAAAGCAGGCUUAAAGAUACGGGAGGAAAGGGGACACCUGAACUUCAGAAACUGAGGCUGGACUUUGCACUGCAAAAACUAAAACCCCACAAAGUUUCCUAAAUGAUCUAAAACACUGAAUGUGAGCCACAUCCAUCAGACAAGCCCUCAAAAACAUCACAUUUCAAGAUAUUACAAGCAAACAUAAGGCCUGAUUCUCCUCUAAUGAGUGAAAUAAUGCAAAUUCAGCAAGAAAACUUCCUAAAGUUUCUUGAAAUAAAAUCUUAAUCAUAAUUCAAAAAACUUUUUCUUAGAUUCAACUGAAAAAAAUCAAUUUUAAGCUCAAAUUAUAGCACAAGAAAUAAAAUUCAGUACUCUAGUUGGUGAUAUGGAGGCCUGAUUAGAGAAAAGAGGAAUUUUUAGGGCUGGUUUGUGUCCCAUAUUUAAAAAAUAGUGAUAAAAAAAAUAAAAAAUAAAAUACCUUUCUGUAAAUGUGGCUAAAAACGUUUCAAAAUAAAACUCAGAUUAGCAUUAAAACUAGAUUUUCACCUUUCUCAUGAGUGCAGCACUACGGAAGCCCUAAGCGGACAUGCGUCUGUGCAUUUUAUCUUAUUUCUGAAUACUUUCUAGUGUUAGUAAGUGUUGCUUACAGUUGUUUUCAGGACGUUGCUGCUAAUUUAUGUUAUUAUCUCAAGAUAAAAAGGUUUCUCCCCUUGAUAGUUAGUUAAUACUCAACAUCUUUAGUAAACAACCAAAAUUGACAAAAAAAGACAGGAAAACCAGCAUUAUCUCAAUGUAAUGACAAUAUAUAUAAUAAUAUAUUUCCUAAAUUUAUCCCUCAUUUAUAACAGGGUUAUUCCCACUGACAUACAAAAUCUGAUUCACAGAGGAGUUUCAUGUAAGCAGUAGGUCUUAUAAAUAAACUUAAAUAAAUAAAUAAAUAAAUAAGACCAAAAGUAUUAAAAAAUAACUUCAACAUUUACUACCUAAAAAGGAAAAUACUAAAUAAAUAAAUAUUUAGAUAAUGAUAAAAUUAAAUGUAAAAAAAAAAAAUGUAUGAAUGCAUGUCCUCUUCGAGCUUCCGUACAACACAGGCCUGAGUCCAGGAAGCAGAAUUUCACUAGAGGUGACCUUCAGUCUUCCUCAAAGUGGGGCCGUCGGUGAUUGCAAAAAUAAAAUAGAUUUAUUAAAUCACUGCUGAAAAAAAAGUCAGAAUUAGACUAACAUUAGAGCUGAAAAUUUAACAAUUUCAUAUUUUUUUAAUUGCGGAGCAGGCCAAGGAGUAAAAAUGAGGAUUUACAAGACGUGAGCGCAGACUUUGUUGUAAAAUGUAGCUGAAAAAUAUAAAAAUUUUAACCCAUAUUACAGCUAAAAAAAUGUUUUAUCAUAUUAUUAUGAGUACAGUUAGGACUUAGAAUCAACAAGAUGAGUUUUUAAGUGGGGACCCCCUUACUUUUUUUGAAAUGUGGCUAAAAAUUUCCAAAUCAAACUCACAUUAGAGCUCAAAAUUACACAAUUUAUACUCUUGUUGGUGCUCGCAGGCCCUUGAAUACUACCAGAGAAUUUAUGAGGUGACCUGGUGACUUUUAUUGAAAUCUAGCAAGAAUAGAAAUGCCUUUUUUUUGAAAAGUGGGUGAAAAAAGUUCAAAUGUAACUGAAAUUAGAGCCAACAGAGAGAUAUUAGAGAUAUUUUUUUCUUUUCGUGGGUGCAGCGCAGACCUAAGAUCCUAAAAAAGAAUUUUAAAGUAAUGGCCCUCCUACUUUUCUUGAUUCAAAUAAUGCCUUUUAGGAAAAAUAUGGCUGAAAAUGCCCAAAUAAGGCUCGACUUAGAGAAAAAAAUGACAUAUUUCGCACUUUUUGUGGGUUCAGUGUACGUGGACUUACACAAAAGAGAAAUUUAGUUCAGAACUUUUCUAAGACUUGCUAAUUUGACCACCAAAAUAAAACAUCUUUUUUUUCAAAUGUGUUUUAUUAGACAUCAAAUUGAAGCCAAAAUUUCCCAAAAAGGACCAAAACAUUUGAAGCGAGACAAUUUUUGGACAAAUGAAAAAUGUUUUCUCACAGGAGUAAUAUGCAGGCUUUAAUUAAGUGCACGACUUAAAGGCUGAAGUGACAUCUUUCCUGUGACCUCCCAUCAUCCCCUUCACAGUUUAAUAACUGGCCUGCUAUCAAUCACCCUCAUCUCUCAGACAUUUAAGGGAAUAAAUGGUACCACUCUCAACCCCUCAACUCACAAAAAAUGCUAAAGGACAGAAGGUGGAAGACCUUUUUUUAUUUUACGUGUUAUUUUUAAUAAGAUGUGGUACAAACUUUGAUAGGAAAAAAAAAAGAAAAAAUAAGGAGGCAAACAUUUUAGUGUCUUAAGGGUUCUCAUUUAACUUUUCAGAUUUAUACAGUACAUGUGUUGGGAUGGAAUUUUGUAAUAUUUAAGAACUAUUUAAGACUAUAUUUUAUGCAAAAGUACACAAGUGUAAUGCUCGUUACAGAGUACGAGUACGUCCCCCGAGACCCUAAAUGUCUACACUGACAGGCUUAGACCCUGUAUGAUUUGUAUAUAUGUAAUUGUACUGAUGCUUGUGAAUGUUGUGUAGUUUUAAUUACAAGGAAAAAAAUGUUGUUUUGUACAUUGUAAUUUAUUUGCUGGUAUCAAUGUUGUACUGGAAUUACAGGAACACCAAAGAAUAAUAAUAUCAGUUUUGGUGAUGCAUAGUACCCUGCUGAUGUUUUUCUUUCUAAUUUUAUGUUAAUUUUUUCCACUUUUUUAUUUUUUAAAAUCGUGGUCUGUAAAGAAAAAAAAAAGGAAAACAUUGACUUGAAUAGGCUGUGUAAUGUGAA